GGCGGACUGAGGCCUGGAAGGGGAAGAAAAGGGUUCUAGGCCUAGAAGACUAGAAGAGGUCUUCGAUUUGUGUUAUUAUAGACCGAAGCUGUUUUCACCCAUCAUCUUCAUCUUUCGACGCUGAAAGACACCGUGAUCGCACGUGUCUAACCUCCUCUUCCUAAUAUUACAUUCAUCUGCUCCUCUACUCGUCGUCUCCCUUUCCACCAUCGCCAUCCCCGACUCAUUCUCCUGAUGAAGGCUGUAGACUGUCGUUGCUGUCUUGCCCCCGCGAGUUUUUGCUUGGGCACGUAGGACUUGACUCCGAACUGAAGCUUUCCCUGCAUCCACAACUCGCACGACUCGAAGAGCAGCGACCGCUUUAAGGUGGCAGCGCCUCUAUCUGUCGUCCUCACCUCCACCGUCGCUUUCGCCAUGGACAUCAACUCCUUGUUGUCACCGUCGGACACCCCUAGCAGCGGAACUCCUCCCCCCGCGCAAUCCUCGAAUACCUCGUCCCCUGCUUUGAACCCUGUUCAGUCGCCAAACAAACCGCGCCAGCAACGUCCCGCGAAAUCUAACAAACGAAACUCCUCUGCGCUCAGCCAGCAGCUUCACUAUAACUCAAAUUCGCUACCAAGUCCGAAUGACCCUCCCUUGACUCCGCUGUCGCACAGAGAUCCACAGCCGCAGCCUGCUUAUCCUCUCUCGAGCCCGUCCGUGACAAGCGCGCCCGGUACAAACGGUCGAAUUGGAAGUGCAAGCGGCACACCACCGUUGGGUGAACGUGGAAGUCUUCCGCCCUUACGAUCAGGCAGCAUCGAUACUUUGGCAGAUCUUGCAUUGUUACAGCAUCCACAACAGGCAUACCCGCACGCUCGGAACCCACCGUUAAACUUACAAAAUCUUUCUCGCUCUCUGUCUGCGCAAUCUUCGACAAAAGAUAUUGUGAUGGCGGAAAGAUCUCCAAAGCUACUUAAGUCUUUGACGUCCCAAUUUGUUUCAUCAGAAGAUUCGACCUUACUUUCCCAACUUGUUCAGCAGCUUCAUGACAAGCCGCUUGAUCAUGCCGCCCAUCUUGAAUACAUCCGUCUUCUAAAGCAGGGCUUGACCGCGACCUUAGAAGCUGGCUAUUCUGCCUCCAGCUAUGAGCUCUUUGAAGAUCUUCGUGAAGCAAGAAAGAGUAUGAGCAAGAAUUAUACCCUCGGUGAAGACCUUUGGCUUGAUUGGGUCAAUGACGAACGUCUGGCCGUCCAGACUACCGAAGAUCGCCUCACUCUCAUGGAGUUGUACAGUCAGUGUACCGAAGAAGAGCCUGCCAGCUCUAAGAUCUGGAGGAGCUACGGUGACUAUAUGUAUGACCUAUACGCUUCGGCAAACCAGAUGGCCGAUGCCGAUAAUUGGUCCGAAGAAGAUCGUAUUGUCGGUAUGCAUGUCUUCACGUGGGACGCGAUGAUCAAAGUAUGGGACGAAGGUCUCAUUGCGACUCAAUGGCAUAUCAACGGCAGCCAACUCGUAUGGGAUAGGUAUAUUCAAAUAAUUCUCGAACACCAGCGCAACAGCCCUUCGGACGACACUGUUAGGCUCCUGGAGAACAUGUUUGCUACUCGCCUGAUGAAGCCUCAUAUCACUUGGCAGAAUACCUUCGAUCUUUAUUCGGAGUAUAUCUCGAGCUGUUUUGGUAGCAGCUAUGAAGAAAUCAUGCGAACUGCUACCAAGCAAGCAAACCAGGUCAAGAAGCAAGUGAGGUUACGUGAUCCUUUCGAGCAUCGGAUUCAGGUGGCACAACAAGAUGGCAACAGAACGGGUGAGUGGGAUGCACUGAAAACCUAUCUAGAUUGGGAGAUCAAGCACAAGGGGGUCUUUUCCUUCGAUCUUAUCAAUGGUCUGUUUGAGCGAGCUACGACUCGUUUCUCGACAGACUCGUCUUUAUGGGAAGACUACGUCGAAUUCCUGAUAGAGAACCCGGCCCAAAGCGUAUCUGUACUCAGCGUGGUGGAGCGCGCCACUCGCCACUGCCCGUGGUCAGGCGAUCUAUGGUCACAUCGUCUGUUGGCCCUCGAGGCGGAGAAACAGUCUUUCGAAGAACUUGAGAAGGUGAAACACAAAGCCACAGAGUCAGGCAUGCUCGAUCAAGGUGGUAUGGAAGAGCUUUUGAAGGUUUAUGUCUCCUGGUGCGGGUUCCUUCGACGCAAGGCAUUCGAGCGCAGCAGCGCGACCGACGACGAUAUAGACGUUGCUGAGGUCGGUAUACAUUCUGCUCUUGAGCACGUCAAAGCCAUCGGCCAGAAGAAAUACGGACCUGAUUGGCAAGGUGAUCCAAUGUAUCGAUUGGAGCGCAUCCACAUAAAGUUCUACACACAGUCCGGGAACACUAACGCAGCACGAGAGCUUUGGGAAGGUUUGAUACCGCGUCAGAAAACUAGUUAUGAUUUCUGGUAUCGAUACUACAUCUGGGAAAUGGUAAUCUGGUCUAAGUUCAGUACCAAUGAUAACGCCGGUACACAGCUGAGGCCGCCAUACGAAGCGACAGCUUUGCUACGCAAAGCUCUCAAACAACACCAGAUCAUGGACUGGCCUGAACAGCUGGUGGCAAUGUUCCUGAACCACUGUGAACAACAUGAAUCUGUCCAAGAGCUUCGUACUGCCAUCAUAGAGUCCAGACGGGUCAGCAUUGAGGUGGCAAAGAGGCGUCGCCAAGAAUCUACCUAUGGCGAGGUACCCAUGGAGGAUUUACAGCAUCAAGAACCACAAAGCAAGCGCAAACUAGAUGUUGAAGGCGCUGUGGAACAUGGUCAGACUGUCAAGAAGUAUCGAACUGACGAUGAAGCUGAGCCCGUGUAUCAGAGCGACGAAAUGGUAAUCGAUCACAUAUCCGCCACCGCCCCCUCCAAACGUGACCGCGAACACACGACUAUCAUUGUCAAAGGAUUGCCCAUCGAUGCGACCGACGUAAAGGUCCGACAAUUCUUUCGAGAUGCUGGAACUAUCGUUAGUAUAACCAUUUCUAAGGAGAAAGACUCACAGACUGCCGUCAUCGAGUUUGAGUCAAAGCAAGAAGCUCAAUACGCGCAGCUGAAAGACGGCCGUGAAUUUCAUGGUACAGAAAUCGAGGUCAAACUAAGUGUCGAAACUACGUUAUGGGUCACGAAUUAUCCCAAAAUCGCGGAUGAAAAAUACAUUCGCGGUUUGUUCGAGCCUUAUGGAAAAGUCGUCUCUGUCCGCUUUCCCUCACUGAAGUUUGAUGCCAGUCGACGCUUUUGCUAUGUCCAAUUUGACUCCAGCGACGCGGCACAUGCUGCAACCGCUCUUCAUGGUCAUCAAAUUGACGAGAAACACGUACUCAGCGCUAAGAUCUCGGAUCCAUCCAUGAAAAAGAUGGCAAAGGGAGGGCCAACUGUGGAGGGUCGUGAGAUCUUCAUUCGCAAUAUAAAUUUCCAGGCGUCACCUAAAGAGUUCGAAGAACUGGCAAAGACGGUCGCUGAACCUAGUCAUUUCCGGCUUCUACAAAAGCUUGGCCAAAGGUCCAAAGGAAUGGGUUUCGUGGUCUAUCACUCAAAGCAAGACGCAGAAGCUACUGUCGCCGCUCUCCACGACACGCCAUUCAUGGGUCGCAACCUGAUUGUUAGUAUUGCUGACCCUGACCACAAAACUAAAAACAUGGUCGAGAAAGUCACAUUAGGGACAACCUCGGAGGCCCAAACCCAAAUCCAGAGCAAUCUUAAGAAUUACAAAGACCGUACCCUCUACAUUCUCGACGUUCCCGACACCGUCAACACCGCGCGCAUCCGUGCUAUGUGCGAGGAAUAUGGCCCACUUAACAAGAUCACAAUGCUGCGUGACAAGUCCGCUGCCAUCGUCGAAUUCACUUUGCUCGCAGACCACGGCAAAGCCGAGCUCGCAAUUCAUGGAUAUGAGAUUGAGCCAGGCUUCAAGUUGUCGCUGGGUACCGUGCGUGAUGUCGACCGGGGCAAAGCAUGGCUCCGCAAUGAUCGCUUGAAUUGGAAGCCGCAAGAGGAAUACAAAGCUCAGCAUGUAAACCCUAAAAAGGCAAAGGCAAAGGAACUCAAGGAUGUGAAUAUGGAGAAAAAGGCCCCCAAGGUCAUUGGCUUGGUCCCUACCAGAGGACUGUUAACACGACGCGGUCGUGGCGGCGGGCUCGGUAUCAGAGGAAAGGCUACAGUCCCAACGAGGCCGGCAGCUGCGGAGGACGAUUCCGCUGUCGUAGAUGAUCCCAUGAUCCAGUGUGAGGAGGCGGCCCCUGAAGUGAGGCGCGCACCGCCGAAGUCAAACGCGGAUUUCAGGGCUAUGAUUAUGGGUAGCCAGACGAAGAAUGCGGAGGGAGAGAAGGAUGCUUGAACUCAUCUGUGGAUGAUGAUUUCGACUGCGUGCCAAAAACGGGGCAUAAGUUGCUAUUGCGAUACUCAUUCUAAAAUCGAUGCGAAUCCGGCGUAACAAUGGCGAUUAGAGAUACCUGAAGGAGUUUGCUCACGCGAACAGCUACAUACUGCUUGUCAUAGUAGCUUCUAUAGGCAGAAGCUUGUGUCACUUGUCUCGGCGAAUGGACGAAGGAUACCAUGGGAUUCACAAAUCGGAUAUGCUAACAUGCAAUGUAUAGCCAAAGGGGUAUACGCAUAUAUAAUCAUGAAUGUAAAAAAAAGUUCUCAUCAAUAU